AUGAUUCAAAAUACAGGAAUUAAAAAGUUAAGGUUUUAUCACCGGCGAAAAAUCCCCCGAACUCCUUUUCAUAUUGUGGAUCCAAGGCCUUGGCCGGUCUUAAUAAGAAUUGGGUUAUGAGGUUUAGCUACAAUUUUUAUUUGUUGAGUAAACAAAGUAGAUUACGGACACCUAUUUUGGGGCGUGCUUAUUGUUGCUAUAACAGUAUAUGGCUGAACUCGAGAUAUCGUAAAUGAGUCUACUUUUCAAGGGUUUCAUACUAAAAAAGUUCAAAUAGGAAUUUCUUUGGGUUUUAUUUUAUUUUUAAUUUCUGAGCUUAUGCUAUUUUUUUCAUUCUUCUGGGCAUUUUUUCACAGGUCUAUGUCUCCUUCUGUUGAAAUCGGCUGUUGUUGACCUCCUGUAGGAAUUGAAUGUCUUGACUGAAGAAAAGCUCCUUUACAUAAUACAGCUUUACUGGUAGCUUCAUCUUGUACUGUAACAUCUAGCCACAAGUACCUGAAAGAUGGAAAUUUUACGCAUGCAGUUGCAUUGCUGAUUAUAACAGUUUUUUUAUCUGGGUUUUUUGUGAAAAAUCAGUAUGAUGAGUACUCUUGGGCUUCUUUUUCUAUUGCUGAUGGGGUGUAUGGAAGUGCUUUUUUUAUACUAACUGGUCUUCAUGGGAUGCAUGUAAUCGGCGGCACAUGUGGGUUGCUUUACUCUUUAGUUCGACUUUUAUUACGACAAUAUUCUACUCGUCGUCAUUUGGGGUAUGUUUUAGCCAUUUGGUAUUGACAUUUUGUGGAUAUUGUAUGACUUGCCUUGUUUUUUAUUAUUUAUAUCUGAGGCUCUUAG